AUGGGGGGCAGCCAGGUCCCCAGGGUCGCAGACAAGAAAGGGAUCGUCUGGGUACACUGGCUCCUGGGCCAUAACAAGGGGGCGCCCCAGCCGCGCCUUGGAGCUGGCGGAAGCAGAGGGGGCGCCAGGCGGCGGGAAGAAGAAGCCGUGGGCGCGCAGGUCAGGACGCUGCUGCUGGCGCAACUGUUGGUGCGGGUCGAAAUCGCGAGGCAGGCGUUGCGGGAUAGGGACCUGUUGCUUCCAGGAUGCAGGGCUUGGGCGCAGGGCAGCCUGCGCCUAUGGGGCUCCCACUACUGCGGAGCAAGCCUGCUCAACCGCCGCUGGGUGCUCUCGGCCGCGCACUGCUUCCAAAAGCACAUUUAUCCCUAUGAAUGGUCGGUCCAGUUUGGCGAGCUGUCACACCACCUUUGGAGCCUGCGGGCCUACCUCCAUCGUUACAGGGUGAAGAGUAUUAUUAUAUACCCCAAAUCCAGGAAUUAUUUGCAGGACGACAGCUCCCUGCUGAAGCUGUCCUCCUCCGUCACCUUCAAUAAGCACAUCCAGCCCAUCUGUGUCCUGUCCUCCUCCUCUGAAUUCAAGAACCGUGAUGACUGCUGGGUGAAUGGCUGGGGGGACAUCCAUGAGAAAAAGAAUCUGCCACCUCCCUACGAUCUUCAGGAAGUGCAAGUCUCCAUCAUAAACAAAUCCAGGUGUUCCUACCUGUUCCAUCAGCCUGAUUACAGCAGUCACAGCAGUAAUAAUAUGAUUUGUCCUGGCUCUGAGGAUGGCAACACUGACGCCUGCAAAGGUGACCCAGGCAGACCCUUGGUCUGUGAAAAGAAUGGGCCGUGGAUUCAGAUUGGAAUUGUGAGCUGGGGAGUGGGCUGUGGUAGGCGCAACCAGGCCGGCAUCUAUACCAAUGUCAGUAGUUACUUCAACUGGAUCCAGAUGCUGGUGGGCCACAGCACACCCAGGCCAGACCCCUCUCAGUUGCUGCUGCCCCUCGCUCUGCUCUGGGCUCCCUGACUCCUGUAGCUGGCCUGUGCACACCUAAGCCCAUGAGGGUGCAGUAGUUACUGCAGCUCCAGACAUAUUCACCAAGGGCUAGGGGCACGCCAGUGGCAGGACUGCCUGCUGGACCAGGCCCAGUCCCCUU